AUGGAGGAGGGCUACUACUUCUCGUACGCAUCCCUCUGCGGCGCCCUUGCGGUGAUUGUGGCAGGCUGGCUCGUGUACAGGUGGAUGAAUCCUCCCUGCAACACCGGGAGGCUCCCUCCCGGAUCCAUGGGCUUCCCCCUCGUCGGCGAGACCUUCCGCUUCUUCAAGCCAAGCCCUUCUAUCGACAUCCCAGCCUUCUACAAGCAAAGGCUCAAAAGAUACGGCCCGUUGUUCAAGACGAACCUCGUGGGGCAGCCGUUGGUGGUGUCCAUGGACGCCGAGGUGAACCGCUUCAUCUUCCAGCAGGAAGGCAAGCUGUUCCGGAGCUGGUACCCGGACACCACCAACAUCAUCUUCGGAAAGGAGAGCCUCGCCUCCUGCGACGGCUCCCUCCAUAAGUUUGUCCGCAGCUUCGCCGCCAGGCUCUUCGGCGUCGACAGCCUCCGGGACGUGCUCCUCGCCGAAAUGGAGCAGAACGUGGCGCGGAGCUUCGCCGCGUGGGCCGCGGAGCCUGCAGGAAUCGAGGUCAAGGACGCGGUGUCCACGAUGAUCUUCGACCUCAUGGCCAAGAAGCUGAUUGGUUUUGGGCCCGACAAGUCAAGGAAACUUAGGAAGAAUUUGGAUGUCUUCUUCCAGGGAAUGGUCUCCUUCCCGCUGUAUUUCCCUGGGACAGCAUUCUACAAAUGCAUACAGGGAAGGAAAAAUGUGCAAAAGGUACUCAAGGACCUGCUAAAAGAAAGGCUCAGUGCACCUCAAAAGCGACACGGUGAUUUCCUCGACGAGGUCGUCGAUGAGCUACAGAGCGGGACGGGAAUGUUGAACGAGAAAUUCGCCGUAGAUCUGGUGGGCGCCCUCCUGUUCGCCAGCUUUGCGACCGUGUCGUCGUCGCUCACUGUCGCCAUGAAGUUCCUCAGCGACCAACCCAGUGUGGUAGAAUCACUCAAGGAGGAGCAUGAAGCGAUUUUGAAGAAAAGAGAGGGUGCCGGUACUAGUGCGAUCACAUGGGACGAAUACAAGUCCAUGGCAUUCACUGCUCAGGUCACGAAUGAGAUCGUUCGCCUUAGUAACGUGGCCCCUGGAAUAUUCAGGAAAACACUAACAGAUGUGCAAGCGAAAGGCUACACGAUCCCCGCCGGUUGGCUGGUGAUGAUCAGCCCCAUAUCUGUCAAUCUGAACCCAGAACUGUAUGAAGAUCCCUUAGCCUUUAAUCCAUGGAGGUGGCAGGAUGAGUCGAAGAAGAGCACUCUGCUCAAGAACUUCAUGCCGUUCGGAGGGGGGCUAAGGCUUUGCGUGGGCGCAGAAUUCAGCAGAAUUCAGAUCGCACUCUUCCUUCACACCUUGGUGACAAAGUACAGAUGGAAGGAGAUAAAAGGAGGCGAAGUGCAACGCAUAUCCGAGAUCGUGUUUCCGAAGGGCUAUCACAUCCAAAUAAUCCCUAGGGAGGAAUCGAUAAACUGA